AUGGUGAAGCUUUUCUGUUCUAUUGUUGGUGUGGCGGGAAGCGCGUUCUCCGUGGAAGUAGACGAAGGCAAAACUGUGGAUGACUUGAAGGAAGCGAUCAAGGCGAAGAAGGCCAACGACUUCAAAGAGGUUGAUGCAGACAAGCUGCAGCUCUUCCUGGCAAAGAAGGACGAGGGUCGCGGUCCGUGGCUGACUGAAGAAGAAGUGAAAAAGGAUGUGAUUGAUACGACUGGUCUGAAGCUGCUGGGAGCGGCACGAGCAAGGCUACGACGUGUGGGGUUGUCGGAUGUGGAUGUCGUUGGAGUGGAUGAAGACGAAGAAGUAGAAGGGAGGGGUCCUGUGAACGUGCUGGUGGUGGUUCCGGAGCAAGACGGUACUAUCUCAAAAGAGAUGUCUGCAGCGACAACGCCACUGACUCUAGAGCAAGUGGAGAUGUCAAUGAAUAAGGUCCUCAGGGAACGAGAUGAGAAGGCGUCUGCGUAUUCGUUUUCUGAUCUGAAUACUGCGAUGGAAGAGCAAAUUGUCAAGAAGAUGCGCUUGACCGAAAAUAUUCCUGAUGUCAAGGAGCCAGUCGAUACUUCCAUCGCCGGUUAUUCGUGGAUUCCAAAAAUCGCGGAGAGCGAGGAAAGUCAAAGGGCUGGGUACUUGGCGUACUUGCAGCAGCAUUUGAAGACGCUGACGUGUCGAGGAGACUUCUUGUUGGAUGACAUUGCGGGCGAUAAAUCAAUUCUUGACAUCCUUGACCCCAGACUUCCGUUUGCUAUGAAAGGCACAGCUGAUGUAUUGUUACUAAAUCCAACAUCGAGAACCCAAUGGAAUAGCCUGGCUGGGGUCAGCUUUGGUGAUACGAGCGUAAGAAAGAAAAGUGAAACCCGGCCCUGGUACUCGAGACAGGUGGAUAAAUUGUGUAGCAGCAGCAUGAAAUAG